ACUAAAACUAAAUUUUUAAACUAAAAAAAAACAACUCAGAACUGACUGGAAAUGAAGGUCUGCAAUGUUUUAAACUGCUCUUUCCCAGAAUGGUAUUGCAAUUUUAAAGGCAUUACCACAGAAAGCAUCAUAAUUCCAUUGCCAGGCACAUUUCUGAACUAUCUUCAUACAGAUGGUGUUGUUUUACCAGAAAGUUCAAAUCAUGGCAUAUAUACAAAAACCAAAAAGAUGGCAAUGGAUGGAGAUGAAGAUGAUGAAGAUAUCAGAGAUGAUGAGUUAAUGAAAAAAUAUGAAGCUGACUGGGCAACAGAUUACAGUUCAAAAACAGCAAUGUCACCAGAUUUUGGAGAGUUUGACAUUAAGGUCAAGUCAGCUAUUAAAAGUCUGGGUGGUAAAGUAUUUCCCAAGUUGAAUUGGAGCUCCCCAAAAGAUGCCCACUGGAUAGCAUUUGAUAAAUCAUUGAUGUGUACCUGCCCCAGUGAUGUUUAUUUAUUGCUGAAAAGUUCACAGUUCAUAGCACAUGAUUUAGAUCAACCGUUUCUUAUGUGUGAAGAUUAUACCCCAAAUACCCAUGAUUCGUCUUUGAACUUUUAUCUCAUACUGAGAAAGUGGGAGCCUCCUGAUCCAUCUACAGAGUUCAGAUGUUUUGUACAUGAAAAUAAAUUGAUUGGUGUCUGUCAGAGAAAUGCUAAUAAAUUUUAUCCACACAUUCUUAAUGACAAGAAAAGCAUCGUUGAAGAUAUUUCCACUUUCCUGAACCAGUCCUUGACAGUGUUUCCUGACUCAAAUUAUGUAUUUGAUAUUGCUUACAAGAAAAAGGGCUGCGUAUACUUGAUUGACUUCAACCCUUAUGGAGUUGUAACUGAUGCUUUGAUGUUCACUUGGGAUGAACUCAACCAGAUGGCAGAUAAUAAGAGAGAGUCCCCAGUGUUUCGUUGUGUUGAAAGUGAGGCUGGUGUACAAUGCUUGGACUAUGCCAACUACUCCAUACCCCAGGACAUUCAGCAUCUUACAACAGGAGAGGAUUCUUAUAAGCUCAUGGAUCUCAUGAAACUUCAAAUACAAAAAGAGUUUGACUCAAGUUCUAGCUCUGAUGAGAAUGAAGAAGCAAGUAAUCAAAUCAAGGACAGUUUUCAAAAUGACAGCAGAUGACACAGGGGAAAAAAGUUCAACAGUAUUAUAUACAAUUUUAUUCUAUUUCAUUAAUGUAUAUUAAAAAAUCUGGUUAAUUA